GAGCACCGGGAGCGGCUGCGGAGGGCCCUGUGCGGGGACCGGGAAGAGGAGGGCUUCGGCCGCCACCGAGCCCAGAAUGACUUUUCCCGUAGUGACUGCAUGUCAAGUAACGAGACCAGUUUCCUAGAACGAACCACAGCACCUCAUGAUGGAUUACCAACGGCUUCCCAUAGACCUCAGCGAGAAGCCGUACACAUUGACAAGAUAACCCUGAAAGGAGUACCAAGAAAAAGGGCUGACAAACAUUUGGAGUACACAUUCAAAGUAACCUGGUCUGAUCUUUCGGUAACAUGUGUAACAAAAACACACCAGGAGCUUCAGGAAUUCCUGCUAAAACUCCCAAAGGAACUGUCUUCUGAAGCGUUUGACAAGACUAUUUUAAGAGCACUAAAUCAGGGCUUUCAGAAGAGGGAAGAACGAAGGCAUGCUGAUCUUGAGCCCAUAAUCAGGCAGCUAUUUUCAAAUACAUCGCAAGCUUUUCUGCAGAAUCAGAGAGUAUACAACUUCUUCCAAUCAAUUUCAUCGGAAUCUUUGCACACUCACAGUAACUUACAACCCUCUUUGAAGAUGGUUAAGGCACCAGAACACUUCAAGGAGGACAGUUCAGAAGCUUCAAGUCAGGAGGAAGAUGUAAUGCAACACUCAGCAGUUCACAAGAAACAUAAUGGAAAAAGUCCCGUUGCCAACACUAGUAGUGCAAAAUGUUCUUCACUGGAUAGCCUUAACAUACAGCACUCUGAGCAAAAUGGAGUAAUGGACUGGAGAAGAAAAAGCUGUAUUGUCCAGCAGCACCCAGAGCACUGUACAAACCGACUUGACCAGCAUACAACAGAAAAACGAAGUCUGUCUACAGUAACCAAGAAGAAAGGAAAGCCACAGCUGGAAAAGGAGAAAGCAAAGAAAACUGACUGCCGGUUGAAUGACAGGACUAAUGGAGUUAGAGUUGCAGCAUCACAGCACAUCCGUACAGGGACAGCAAAAGAUCUGAAUUUGGACGCUGGAUCUGGUCAUGACACAUGUGGAGAAACAUCAUCUGGAAGUUACAGUUCUCCUUCCAGUCCACGACAUGAUGGGAGGGAAAGCUUUGAUAGUGAAGAAGAGAAAGACAGAGAUACAGACAGCAAUUCUGAGGACUCUGGGAAUCAAAACACAACCAGGUUUACAGGCUACAGUGCUGUCAGUUCAUCAACUAUGAACAAGUCGUCUGCUCAGAUCUCUGCAGUGAACAACGAAAACGGAAGCCUUUCAGAAGAUUCUUUGAAUGCAAAGUUUCAACAUAUUUCCCUCAUGCCUGCCUUACACUGUGUGAUGCACAGCGCUGCCCAAAAGCCUGAAGCAGUCGUCCCGCCGCCCAUAUCUGCAGACAGCAAAACUAUGGGAAUGCUUGUUACGACGCCCGUUGCUGUCUCGCCGGUGAGAGAGUCUGCAAAUUCACCUCCUGGUGGAAUGGGCCCAGUGACCUCUGGUGAACCUGAGAAACGCCUCGAGCUGAUGGCUUCCCCCUUGCCAGUCCCAUCCACUUUCCUUCCACAUUCUGUCCAGCCUGGUAGCCCUGCUUUGCCUUUGGCAAUGCAUAGAUUGAAAAUGCCCUCUCCGCAGGGGUCAUCGGAAAGCUGCACAGUUAAUGGACCGCAGCAGCCGACAGGAAGCUUAAGUAUUGGAUCACCAAAUACUGCCUUUAUCCCAGUCCACAAUCCAGGUAGUUUCCCAGGAUCCCCGGUUCCUACUACAGAUCCCAUCACAAAACCUGCAUCCCAGGUGGUAGGACUGAAUCAAAUGGUGCCUCACAUUGAGGGAAACCCAGGAGCAAUCCCUCAGCCUACCAAUCUAAAGGUAGUUCUUCCAGCAGCCGGUCUCUCCACAGCAGCACCUCCACCAGCUUCAUACGCUUUGCCAGGCAGUCCUCACGCUACCAACGUGUUGCCCAACCAGAAUACAAACGUGCUGAACACUGUAGCGACCUCCUCACCGCCUCAGUCGGCUGGUUUAGGUGUUGGUCAGGUCCAGUCCACUGUUCCUCCUGCAAUACCUACGCAUACGCCAGGCCCUGCCCCUAGCCCGAGCCCCGCUUUAACACACAGCACUGCACAGAGCGACAGCACAUCCUACAUAAACGCUGUUGGAAACAACAACACUAACGGGACGAUGUUACCUCCGCAGCAGUUGGCAUCGGGUCCUUGCGGUUCUUGCGGACGUAGGUGUAGCUGUGGGACCAAUGGAAGCCUUCCGAUUAAUAGCUAUUUUUAUCCUAAUCCACUUCAUGGACAAGUCUACAGAGUUCCACCUUUCUUCACUCUGCCAUCACUUUGCAAUGGCAGCUACCUCAAUCAAGCACAUCAAAGCAAUGGAACACAACUUCCUUACUUCCUGCCUCAGUCUCCAUAUGCAAACGGGCUUAUGCAUGACCCAGUGAUGGGGAGCCAAGCCAACUAUGGUAUGCAGCAGAUGGCAGGAUUUGGGAGGUACUACCCUGUAUAUCCAGCACCUAACGUAGUUGCCAACACAAAUGGGUCGGGACCCAAGAAGAACGGGAACGUUUCGUGUUACAAUUGUGGUGUAAGUGGACACUAUGCGCAGGACUGUAAGCAGUCAUCCAUGGAGGCCAGUCAACAAGGCACUUACAGACUGAGAUACGCACCUCCCCCUCCCCCUUCCAAUGAUACCUUGGAUUCUGCAGACUGAAACAAGUAAACAUUGCCUACUUAAACUGAAGCUUGGGAAACUGGGGGAAGGUGUGUGCGGGAGGGAGGGGUUGGUCUCGUGUUUUGGGACAUUCCCGGUUCUAUAUUCUUUUGGAAUUUUUCAUUGCUUUUGCACCUCUGUUCCAUACAAAAGAAGAAAGCUGAGUCCCUGGUCUCCUCCCGGUUCUACAAAAGGCUUGCGUAAUGCAUGUAAUUCAAACACACAGCCAAACAAUCAAAAAGAGCAUUCGAACCAUGCUUUUGCACUGAAGACUUGAGACAUGUGCAAUGUUUACUGCAUUU